AUGUCCAAAUAUCACGCGAUAAAGGAUGAUGAAGAAUCAGUACUUCCCGGUAGCAGUUCUCAAGGCAACCGCCGGUCGAUAGAACCCAGCACUCCAUUAUUGUCUGGCUCAAACACAGACGAAGUACAAAUUGAGAUUGAAGACGAGCCUGGUAGUGCUUCUUCGUUCUCUUGUGUGAUUAAUUUAGCAAAUACAAUACUAGGCACCGGGAUGCUAGCCAUGCCAGCAGCAGUAGCUUCAGUUGGUUUAAUCUUUGGUAGUCUAAUGAUAAUCUAUGCUGGUACUGCAUCCGCGUUAGGAUUAUACUUGCUCUCCCGCGCGGCCGCCAAGACAGGAGGUCGUCGCUCGUCCUUCUUUGCAGUUUCCAAACUCACUUAUCCGUGGGCAGCCAUCUAUUUCGACCUGGCCAUAGCUGUAAAAUGCUUUGGCGUCGGAACGUCGUAUUUGAUUAUCAUAGGUGAAUUGAUGCCAGAAGUAGUCGCUGCUUCGGUUUGGGGAGCGGAAUAUGACUUGUUACUUGAUCGUCGAUUUUGGAUCACGGUCUUCAUGUUGGUCAUUAUUCCGUUGGCGUUUUUGAAGAAGCUCGACUCUUUAAGAUAUACAAGUCUACUUGCCCUGGUGGCCAUUGUAUACUUAAUAGUUAUUGUUAUUUAUAAUUACUUUGGGCCUGAUUACAGGGCUCCGCCGAGUGAUAAGAUACAUUUUGUGCGCUUCUCGUCCAAGUUUUUUACAUAUUUGCCAAUUUUUGUGUUUGCUUUUACUUGUCAUCAGAAUGUUUUCACGAUAUACAAUGAAGUGGGAGAUAAUAGUCAGACCAACAUUAACAAGAUUGUCUUUGGAUCUAUUGGAUCUUCGGCGAUGGUCUAUCAAGUAAUCGGUAUAUUGGGAUAUUUGACCUUUGGUGAAGAUGUGUCAGCCAAUAUAAUAUCAAUGUAUACUCCGAAUACAUUUAUUACUAUAGGCCGCAUAGGCUUUGUAAUCUGUGUUUUAUUCUCGUUCCCGCUGCAAUGCCAUCCUUGCCGUGCAUGUCUGGACAAGAUCAUUUCUGCCAUUACUACGAACGACACCGAUGCCAACAAGCCGUCAGACUUGAAGUAUUUUUUGAUGACUUCGGGAAUUUUGAUUGCGAGUUAUUUGAUUGCUAUAAUUGUUUCCCAGUUAGACUUGGUUCUCUCUUUUGUUGGGUCGACCGGAUCAACCGCAAUCUCGUUCAUUCUCCCCGGAUUAUUUUACUACAAAUUGUACCAAGACGAUCCGUGGGAUAAAGAGAAAAUAGUUUCAGUGUGCUUGGCCGGUUACGGUUGUGUGGUUAUGGUCGUAUGUCUGACUAUGAACGUAUUGCGUGUUUCAGCUGGACACUGA